AUGGAAGGAUUGGAUGCCCUGAUUCAGAGAUUACUGGAAGGAAAGGUAAACAGAGGCAAACGGAUACCUCUAGUAGAGGCCGAAGUCCGCCAACUUUGCAUCACUGCUAAAGAAGUUUUUCUCAGGCAACCUCUUCUUCUUGAACUGGCAGCUCCCAUCAAUGUUUGCGGUGAUAUACAUGGUCAAUAUCAUGAUCUCUUGCGGCUGUUUGAGUUAGGUGGAUUUCCGCCGGAUGCAAAUUACGUGUUUCUUGGAGACUAUGUAGACAGAGGAAAACAGAGCAUAGAGACAAUAUGCCUUCUCCUUGCUUACAAGAUCAGAUAUCCAGACAAUUUUUUCCUCCUCCGAGGGAACCAUGAAUGUGCUUCCAUCAACAGAAUCUAUGGAUUCUACGAUGAGUGUAAGCGUAGGUUCAGCGUCCGGUUAUGGAAGGUCUUCACAGAAUGCUUCAAUUGUUUGCCUGUCGCGGCGGUCAUUGAUGACAAGAUCUUCUGCAUGCAUGGUGGCCUAUCUCCUGAGUUGGAAAGCUUGGACAAGCUCAGAGCUAUAGAGAGGCCGGUUGACGUGCCGGACCAGGGACUAUUAUGUGACAUUCUUUGGUCAGAUCCAGAUAGAGACAUUAAAGGGUGGGGUGAGAAUGAUAGGGGUGUUUCGUAUACUUUUGGACCUGAUAGGGUAGCUGAAUUCUUGAUGAAACAUGAUAUGGAUCUCAUAUGCCGCGCUCACCAGGUUGUUGAAGAUGGUUACGAAUUCUUUGCAGAAAGGCAGCUGGUUACCAUAUUUUCUGCACCAAACUAUUGCGGAGAGUUCAACAACGCAGGUGCCUUAAUGAGAGUGGAUAAGAGUUUGCUUUGCUCAUUUCAGCUAGUGAAACCUUGGAGAGGGAAAGGUGCAGUAGAAUAUUGACUCUCAUGUUAUCGGAUUUGCGGUGGUGAUGAAGAAAAAGAAAUUUAGAAUGGAGAAAGAAAGAAAACCAGCAUCAAAGGAGUGGA